AAUAAAGUAAACAAUGUAAUUACAUGGUACCUUUUUAUUUACUGUAGUAAAUAGUGAUAGUAUUUGUAGUAAUGGUUUUACGAAUAUGGAAUAAAUUAUAAUGAAUAGUACAGAACUACAGUGACAUAAUUUGUAAAUGAGUAACUGAUGUAACUUUACUCGGACACACUCAAGUUGGGUUAUUAAAUACCAUGAACACAGUUAAGAAUAUUUAAACAAGAAGUUUUUAUUGGAGUGCAUUGCUAUAAGUGUGGCAUUCUUGAAAUGUUUGUAUUCCUUCUAAAAUAAGGAAGAAGGGAAUCUUAGGAGUCCAUUUAAUCUUUUGAGUGACUGUACUAGGCUAGAGACUAGAGCUAUUUCUGGAAACACUUCUAUGUGACUGUACCACGGUAUUAUCCUGCUACUCGGUCGUGUGGUCCACAUAUCCUUUGUGACGGUGUUUGGAUAGCUUCUAGGUUGUUUUUCUGAUCUUAGUACUGUAGAGCCCAGACUUUGGAAAAAAAUAUUUUCCUGAUCCAAGUCCUGUGUAGAGUAAAGACCAGUUUUUAAUCGAUUUUAGUACUGUAUCACUGGAUUUUUUUCAUAUUGAAAUUCCUUAUUUAAUCUGUGUUGAGAUUUGAUUGUUCACAUCAGUAUAAUUGAUCAUAUAUUGAUGUUCAUAAGUAAAUAAAGUAUCAUAAGAUUGAGGCUUGUGUUGUGGAAUGGAUUCUCCAAGUUAUUAAAUAGCUUGAAAGUGUGUUGAGAAGUUAUCUUUAAAUUUUGAUUGGCGUUCGGUAUUCCAAUCUUUCAAAAUUAUCUCGAUUGCAUUAUUAAUUUUGCACAUGGCACAAGUUACCCUUCAAUACGUCAAUGAGCUUUGCUGGGUUCCUAGUCAACAACCUUGUCAUUAUUCACCAUCAGCACCAAAAAUGACCAUCAUUGAACCAAGAUUGAAAAUCGCUGCGUUGCAACAAAAAGUGGAUUGUUUAGAAAAAACGGUUAUCAACUUGGAGCAUACACUCACUGAGAAAGAGGAAUAUAUUAGAUCUAUGAAAACGUUUCAAAAUGAUCAAAAUACUAUAACGAUAUCUUGUGAUGAAUCUUCUCGAGAUGAAGCUAUGAGAAAGUUGACCUGUGACAUAAUUGAGUUCAACGCUCAACUUCAACAACGAGAUCAGUUUAUAGCUCGUCAACAAGAUACAAUUGAUUUCUUGCAAGGCUCUAUAGAAGUGGAACAUGCAGAACUUCAAUCAAUGAAAUUGCUGAAAGAAAAGGCAGAUGAAGAGAUCAAAAUGCUCAAAUCUAAGAUCAUUGAACUGGAAGCGGAUCUUGGUAACACUCAAGAGGCAACGCAAGAAAUGAGGAGCAGAUUGAAUGCAACUUGUAGAACAAUAUUCACUGAACUCAAAGAAAGAUUUGAUGAUUACUGCAAACAGACAUCAGCUCAAAUAGAAUCAGCAGAAAUGUUGAAAGCGUCCAAUACGCAGCUUUCGGAGCUGGUGGCAGAGCAGCAGCAGAAAUGCUUGGCAGCUCAAGACGAUGCAGCAGAGUUGCAAAAAUUAUUGCAAAAGCAAGAAAUUGAUAUAAAAUUGCUGAGUUCGGAGUUGAUAAAGAUUGAGGAAGAGAACUUACUCUUAGAAAAAAAGAAUACAGUGCAGAAUGAUAAAAUUCAGGAACUGCAGAGAACAGUCGACCUUAAUAAUACAAAAUCCUUGGAAAAUCAAUUAGAAUAUGAUAAGAGAGAAAAGGAAUAUCUUGGGAAAAUCGAGGAUCUUCAAUCAGCUAUCAAAUCGACUGAAGAAAAAUGCGCACAAUUGACUUUGGAAAAAGAUCUGAUAAAUAAUGAACUAAGCAAAGAAAAAAGGUUGAAUGAAAUGUACUGCCUUCGCAUGGAAGAAUUGAAAUCAAUUAUAAGCAAAAAACUCUCUGAGAAAAGACAGCAAGAUGAAGAGACUGAGGAAAUGAAAAUAAUCAUCAGAGACUUAAAAUCUGAACAAAAGAGUUUUGAAAAGCAAAUAGUGAAGUACAAAGAGGAACAAUCUCGUUUUUUGUUAAAGGAUUCUUCUUGGACUCAUAAAAUCAAACAAGGCCAAACUGAAGUGGAGAAAUUAACAUCCAUUCUAAAUGGCUUAAGAUGUGAUGUGGAUUAUUCUAAGAAAUUUCUUGAAAAUGAGAGAAUUCAUUAUUGUGAAACUAAUAAAAGAUUGAAAACCGCCUAUUCCUUACUAGGGACCAUAAGAUGUCAGAUAUCAGAAAAAGAAAAUAUAAUUAGCAAUCUACAAGAUUCGUUGUCACUCGCCAAUACAAAAGCAUGUCAGCAAAAGCAAAAGGUGAAAGAACUCGAACAAAGCGUUGAAAACUAUGAAGAAGAAAUCACAAAUCUUAAAAAUGUUCUAACAAAGACUUUGACUGAACAGGCUGACUCUGAGGAAGAAUCAUGUAAAAGGACUGAGGAAAUCAAGAGACUGCAUCUAGAAAUGAGUUGUUUGAAGCGUGAUAAAGAAAACAAGAUAAAAGAGCAUUUACGAGCAAGGAACAAUCUUGAAACCGAGCUAGUUCGAGUUCGCUGUGACUUACAAAAUGCAAUUGAAGAUUUGAAAAAAUUGAAACAAAGUAAAUUUCAACAGAUAUUCGCGAGGAGUGAACAUGAAGAGGAAAUAGCUCUUUUGAAGCAUUUGAUCACAGAACGGCAGUAUCAGUUGGAUCAGAAAGAAAAAGAAAUCAUGGCAAUCAAUUGUUACAACAAAGAGCUGCAUGAAGUUGUUGAAGAUAAAAACACGCAACUUACGGAUUUAUCUAAUGCAGCGGAAACUCUACAGCAAGAACUGAGUAGAACAACAAAAGAACUCGCUUUACUGUCCAAUAGGAAUCAGCAAUUGGAGUCAUCUAACCACAAUCAGAAACUAGAGGUGAUUCGGCUCCAGAAACUGGUAUGCGAUUUCCAGUUGAACAAAGCAAGCAAAGAAGUCGUCGACCAGCAAGCUGAAACACAGAAGAGUCUUGAAGCGCAACGAAAAAUGACCUACACGCUCAUACAUCAACUAAACUCCGCUCAAUCUAAGAUCUCAACUUUAACCAUGGAAAAGUGCAAUUUGGAGAAACUAAUUGGAGAACUGAGAUCAUUGAAUGACUGUCUCUCAGAAGAAGUUCAACAGUUUAAAGAUAGAAAAUCGUUCUAUUACAAUGAUGAAGCCGGUUUGGAUGACUGCGUGGUUUAUGAAAAGUAUACAGAGCAGCACAUCCAAGGUGAAGAUUGUCCAGUUGAUACGAGAACCAAGAUGUUCGAUCUAUCGAAGGAGGAGUACAGGUUUUCCAGCACUAAUAAAAGAAUAAACAAGGAUCUAACAGUGGGAAGAUUCGGACAAACUUACUACUUGGAAGAGCAGAAGAAGAGACUACCGUCACAGACGAGAUCCUACAAACGAUUUUAAGAUUGUUUUCUGAAGAAACAUUACACGCAAUAGAAUAAGAUGCUAAUUGAAAGAUUGCCUUCUUAUCGACAUGAGGAGUAGCUUCUUGCUAAAAGUAUCGAUUUUCUACUAUUAAUCAAUUCGAACGAAUUUCUCUCAGUGGUUGAAAAGCUUUGAUGAGUUAUUCAGUUCAAUACUUUUCCACUUUUAUUUACCAGGCAUGGAGUAAUGAAAUCAUAGAUUUUCAGAGCAGUAAUUAGACAUAAUAUCUAUCCCUCAUAAUUUUUAAGAUUUGUUACCCUUGAAUGAGCUGAGUUGGCCAGUUCAAAUUAUUGUAUAAUACUACUUUUAUGGUAAAUGUAAAUACAUUUUGGUAAAUUAAUAGAUCAAAACCAUCCAGACUCGAUUAAUGAAGUGAUUAAACUGGAAUUCUAGUGCAAUAAGGAAUUCAAACUUGGCUGUAAAGCAAUUACAAUACUCGUAUUUCCUCUCUAGAUGUAAAGCUAACAUCCAGCUCUAUCCAGGCAACUGAAGGCAAACAUAGCUGUCUUAUGUAGGCCUUUCUAUAAAAGAUUCAUGAUCAAUCUAUCUUUCCAAGAAUAUAAAGAGCUGUAAACAUUACUUUGAUCAAAAAAGUUUAAAUUUUUUCCAUUAUGGAUGAAAUAAAAUUUUACUACAGACAAUAA